CACACACAGCAAAGCUUGCAGAUCAUCCAAUCAACUUCUCACACGGCCUCAUACAGAUCUACAGGGACACCGAGCAACAGAGAACAAGAGAUUACAUUUAAUAUAAACACCAGGGGUACCAUGGUUCGAACAUUGAACAAUAUGGAGGAGCUGAGAGGUUCAGGUUUUGGUCGUCCCUGGCCGAGGCACGGACUCAAGCUCCUUUUCUGGUUUGCCAACGAUUACAUCGUCUUUGACAACGACAACCAGAUGUUUGCAAAUUACGACCCCGAAGAGGGACACUUUGGUUUCCAUCACUUCCGCAACAGACUUGAGUGUGAAAACAACGUCUGCAAGAGGCUGCUUCCUGAUGAUGGCUACCCAUUCUAUGAGGUGGGCAACCUCCACCUCACAGCAGCUUAUUCCAUGCCUAAUUAUGUCAGGAAGUACAACACUGGUGACAUAGAUACCAGCAACAUGGACCGCCUCAUUAUCAGUAUGCGUCCAGACAUGACAGUGGAUAGGGUCUAUGUGACCCAGCACGAGGACCUGAGGAGCUUCGACCCGGUCAACACCUAUCGCAUCAGCAGGGGGUUGCUCAUGAUCAUAUGCGGCCAUCCAUUCGCGGACAUGUCAUUUAGGAACUUCCUGGAACAGGCGGGCUAUUCUACCUACGAGCCAAUGAGAUACAUCGAUCAGUGUUCUAGUACCGCCCAAAUCGAAUUCCCAAGCCCCGCCCCCAGGGAGUCUAGAGAUACCAGAAUGAAUAUAGAAGUUGGAUCCAGAGCUCCACCCAGAGCUGCACCAGGCUUCUGGGAAAGCUGCUGUACCAUGCUGUUAUAUAUAUUUUUUUAUUUUUUUUUAUUUUUAUUUUUUAUUCACCUUUAUUUA